GGCGCCGCGCUGUACGCCGACCCGGCGCGGGCGCGCGCGCUCGUCGAGCAGCAGCGAGCGCGACUGCUCGAGCUGCAGCGCACGCAGCAGAUGCUCGUGUCGCCAGAGGCUACUGAGCAACCACAGGCUGAUUUGGGCUCCACCAUCAACGCCUUGGUUUCAGCGACUCCGCCUAACGUGACUUUAACACGUACGGACUAUCAACAUCAAAUAUAUCACCAAAACAGUCAAAUGGGUCCACAUUAUGGUACCAAUAAAAUAACGACAUCGCAACAGAAUCCAAUGUUGAGUCGACAGCUCAGUGUGGCUGGAUCAGGCGGGUAUUCUCGCGGCGGCGGUGCGGGCGGGCACUCGGCGGCCGCGCUGCACACGCCCAUGACGCCGGCGCCGCCGCCCUCCACGCCGCAGCCCUACCACCGGCCGCCGCACCAGCCGCACGCGCCGCACGCGCCUCACGCGCCGCACCAGCCGCACGCGCCGCAUGCGCCGCACGCACCGCUCGCGCCGCGCCCGCAUCUAGUGGGAGGCUACUACGAGGAAGGCGGCGCGGGCGCGGCCGGUUACUGCGGCGACUACGCGCGCUGCACGCCGCUGGCGCCGCACGUGCCGCACGCGCAGCACGCGCCGCACGCGUCCCACGCGCCGCACGCGCCUCACCCGCCCCUCGACCAUCAGCACGCAUGCGCGGGCAGCGGCGCGGGCGCGGCCGGCACCUCCGAGUACGUGCGCAACGAGCUGCGCGCGGUCGUGGGCGCGCGCUCCGCCCGCCCCGACCUGCACCCGCUGCAGCCGCCCGACAUGGACUCGCUCAUGAGCUUCGACAUGACCCCACCCGGUGGCGGCAGUGUGGUGGGGGGCCGAGCGUCCUCGGCGUCGACAAAUUCGUGGGAAUCGCAACAGAGCACCCCGAGUACUACGGAGGCGGGCUCGGCGGAGGCGGCGGCGGGCGGUGAUGAGGCGCGCGCGGCGGCGGGCGCGGGGCAGGAGGCGAAGGCGUCGCUGCUGCAGAAGCUGCUGUCGCAGUAGCUGGCCUGCCCGCGCCUCUCUCUCGCUGAACUUUGCAUUUAUUAAUUUCUCGCUUCAUCGGAUGGACGUUUACCGAAGAUUCUUAGAUUCCAGCGUAACGAACGUCGUCGUUCCGAGUUACGAUCUACGUGGUACCUCUGCGGCUGUAAAUCUCACUCCCGUGAGAAUAAUAUAGUACAUACGCGUAUUUAUAGACACCUUUAAUGUAGUCUAGUAGUGCUAGUGAUGUUUUCGAGUUGUAUAAAUCGUUUCGUUAAUGACAUAUUACUUCUAAGUUCUUUGAGAAACUAGAUUUUAUAAAUAUGUAUGUAACUAUGCUCUAAUUUUAACGAAAAAACGAAUCGAUGCGAAUUUCGUAGCUUCCUGUGAUGGAAAAAAAAAUAGUGAUUUAAAAUUAUUUUAUUGAUUCGUACGCCCAGUACACAUACACAAUGUACAAUAGAAAUAUACUGCGUGCAAUAUUCUGCCGUCCUAAGAAAGAAGGGCACAACUAACAUUUUUAUCUAAAUCGAGUUAAAUACAUAUUCGGAAUCAGGAAAAAAAGGCCUAUCUGCCUAAUUUUUUGUAUAUUUCUAACAAUAAAACAAACAGAGAUAGCAUAAGCAUAAAGGGCACAACUGUACCAUUUUUUAAGAUUUUGUAAAGAGAAAGGUCACAUUGUGAUAUAUGUCUCCUACUUCACAUUUAUGUCUUUAAUAUAUUUAGUUGAAAAGGCAUAAUUGGCGCACAUUAAAUAUGAAGGGCUUAUGUGGCAAUUGUGCUAUUUUUUUAAACCAACACCUUAGCAAGAAGUGUAGAAAGAAAGUCACAACUGGCGAUUGUGUCUUUACUAUUUAACCUACUCCUUAAUAUUUUGUAUAAAAAUAGGCACACUGGCAGUUAUGCCUUUACUACUUACCCUACUUCUUAAUAUUUUGUAAAAAAAUAGACACACUGGCAGUUAUGCCUUUACUACUUACCCUACUUCUUAAUAUUUUGUAAAAAAAUAGACACACUGGCAGUUAUGCCUUUACUACUUACCCUACUUCUUAAUAUUUUGUAAAAAAAUAGACACACUGGCAGUUAUGCCUUUACUACUUACCCUACUUCUUAAUAUUUUGUAAAAAAAUAGACACACUGGCAGUUAUGCCUUUACUACUUACCCUACUCCUUAAUAUUUUGUAAAAAAAAUAGACACACUGGCAGUUAUGCCUUUACUACUUAACAUCUCUACAGAGAAAUGAGGUGAGGGGAGCGAGGUAUGAGUGAGCUUACGCCAGUUGUGCCCGGCGUGUCGAGACGAAUCCACGCGAGUCAGUGCCGCGCUCUGGUAAGAUUAUUUUUGUUACGUAUUUCUAUCGCCCAUUCUAUAAUAUAAAGUCUAUCAACCUAGUAAUUUAAAUAACUUCAUAUUUUCUUUGUUUAAUUAAUCUUAGAAGGGUUAGUAUAAUAAUAGCGAAAUACAAAUGUCGAAGCUGCGCCGCCGCGCCGGAGGGUCGCGUGCGCGAUAGUCAAAAAACGACCGUUAUUUCUGCUUAUUAUUGUGUGGGUAGAUGUCGUUAACUAAACGCUAUUAGUUCACGACAUCUACCCACAGUUUAAAUUUCACCCAGACCCAAACCCAGACGUCUGGGUUUUUUGAUACAGGGUGUAGUUUUAGAUAUACUGGGUGUAAAAAAGUUAAAAGGGAUAAUUAUAAGUUUUAAACCGCUAUCGCAAUGUUUGUGUAUUUUAGUUUUUUUAGCAACGUAGCCAUAAUAAAGAAAUUGAAUUGAUUCUUUUUGGGGAAGCUGGGGAUAUGUCUGUUAUGCAGAUAGCGUCGCUUUGCGGAAGUUAGCAUGUAAUAAAUAAUCUUUAUUUAUUUUCAGCAAUAUGUCAUCAAGAAGCGCAAGAUUAAUCAAUGCUGCUUUACGCAAAACAGACUGUGAUGAACAGAUCUUAGAUGAACCUGUUCCAUCCACAAGUGGGAUACAAAACUAUCGAGAUCAAGCAGCAAGUGAGGAAGAUUGUCAUGAUUUUGAUUCUGAUGAUUCUGUAAUCGAUAAAGAUUACAAAUUACCUGAAAAACCGAACCGAAACAUUAGUAGCAGUGACUCAGAAAACGACAUUAUACCGUGUUCACAAAUAAUUCGGCACACAACGAUUGAAGCAUCACCGGAAGAAUCAUCAGACCCAGAAACAAACGAAGAACAAAUAACGAAAAAAGGCAAUAUAAGGAAGCGGAAAACAUAUAACAUUAGCUUAAAAGAGCGAAAGAGAAUAAAGAAUGAAGAAAGAAUAGGCACUAAAUAUUUUGUAAAACCUGGUUGUCGUGAAAACAUCUGCAAAAAAAAGUGCUCAGAGCGUUUUCCAGAUGAGAUUCGCAAAAAAAUUAAUGUCAAUUUUUGGAAAUUGUCAUGGACGGAACAGAAAUACUUUUUUAUAUGUCAUACCAGCACAAAAAAACCAGAUAGACCUAAAACA